CCUGGCGCGCUGGGUGCACCUAGCGGAGCGCGAGCGGGCCAGCGCCAAGUUCGGGGUUUGGGGUUGGAGCGGUCGGUCACGUGGCUGGCCCGCGGCGGUGCGCUGGGCGUUGGGUCAGCGGGUCUGGGACUCUGGUGGCACCGGCGGCGGCGUAGGACCGAGGCGUCGCUAGGCACGUGCGCGGGCCGUGUUCCGGUAGGUGGGCGGCUUCGGGUCCGCGGGCCGCGGCGUCCCAGACCCCGGGGGGUGCUUCGGCGCCCUCGCUGUCUCCCGCCGUACCCCACCCUCUGCAGCCGGAACGACGGGAGGGGAGCGCUUGGGUCGCGCCUGGGCUGGGGAUCGGGCGGCAGCCAGCCGCAGUGCCCCAGUUCCAGGCACAUUCGGUAUGAUGGGAUGGCGGCCUGUGGCCUUUGGCAAGAAUGCGAAGGCUUAUCAGGGAUGUGAGUAGUAGCUCUCUACUGAGCACUUUUCUCGUUGAGCAUGUUCGAUUUAAACACAAUCCCUAGCCUCGCUCCUUCACAACAAAGCUGCAAGUCAAGUGCUACUGUUUCCCCCAUUUUACAGGCAGCUUCGAACCAGUGCAAUGACGAUGCCAGUCAACGGGGCCCACAAGGAUGCUGACCUGUGGUCCUCACAUGACAAGAUGCUGGCACAGCCCCUCAAAGACAGUGAUGUUGAGGUUUACAACAUCAUUAAGAAGGAGAGUAACCGGCAGAGGGUUGGAUUGGAGCUGAUUGCCUCGGAGAAUUUCGCCAGCCGAGCAGUUUUGGAGGCCCUAGGCUCUUGCUUAAAUAACAAAUACUCUGAGGGGUACCCGGGCCAGAGAUACUAUGGCGGAACUGAGUUUAUUGAUGAACUGGAGACCCUCUGUCAGAAGCGAGCCCUGCAGGCCUAUAAGCUGGACCCACAGUGCUGGGGGGUCAACGUCCAGCCCUACUCAGGCUCCCCUGCAAACUUCGCUGUGUACACUGCCCUGGUGGAACCCCAUGGGCGCAUCAUGGGCCUGGACCUGCCGGAUGGGGGCCACCUGACCCAUGGGUUCAUGACAGACAAGAAGAAAAUCUCUGCCACAUCCAUCUUCUUUGAAUCUAUGCCCUAUAAGGUGAACCCAGACACUGGCUACAUCAACUAUGACCAGCUGGAGGAGAAUGCACGCCUCUUCCACCCGAAGCUGAUCAUCGCAGGAACCAGCUGCUACUCCCGAAACCUGGACUAUGCCCGGCUGCGGAAGAUUGCAGAUGAGAAUGGGGCGUAUCUCAUGGCGGACAUGGCUCACAUCAGCGGGCUGGUGGCGGCUGGUGUGGUGCCCUCCCCAUUUGAACACUGCCACGUGGUGACCACCACCACUCACAAGACCCUGCGAGGCUGCCGAGCUGGCAUGAUCUUCUACCGGAAAGGAGUGCAAAGUGUGGAUCCCAAGACUGGCAAAGAGAUUCUGUACAACCUGGAGUCUCUUAUCAAUUCUGCUGUGUUCCCUGGCCUGCAGGGAGGUCCCCACAACCACGCCAUUGCGGGGGUUGCUGUGGCACUGAAGCAAGCUAUGACUCUGGAAUUUAAAGUUUAUCAACACCAGGUGGUGGCCAACUGCAGGGCUCUGUCUGAGGCACUGACGGAGCUGGGCUACAAAAUAGUCACAGGUGGUUCUGACAACCAUUUGAUCCUCGUGGAUCUCCGUUCCAAAGGCACAGAUGGUGGAAGGGCUGAGAAGGUGCUAGAAGCCUGUUCUAUUGCCUGCAACAAGAACACCUGUCCAGGUGACAGAAGCGCUCUGCGGCCCAGUGGACUGCGGCUGGGGACCCCAGCACUGACGUCCCGUGGACUUUUGGAAAAAGACUUCCAAAAAGUAGCCCACUUUAUUCACAGAGGGAUAGAGCUGACCCUGCAGAUCCAGAGCGACACUGGUGUCAGAGCCACCCUGAAGGAGUUCAAGGAGAGACUGGCAGGGGAUAAGUACCAGGGGGCCGUGCAGGCUCUCCGGGAGGAGGUUGAGAGCUUCGCCUCUCUCUUCCCUCUGCCUGGCCUGCCUGACUUCUAAAGGAGCCAGCCCACUCUGGACCCACCUGGCACCACAGAGGAAGCUGCCUGCCGGAGGACCCCCACUUGAGAGAUGGAUGAGCUGCUCCAAAGGGGAACCGUUGACACUUGGGCCCUUUGAAGGGAUUUCUUUUGGACUUUUUUCAUGUUUUCUUCACAAAUCAAAAUUAGUUUAAGUCUCAUUGUUAGUAAUUCUGGGACAGGUUAUUAAAAGAUUCAAAUUUGAACCUGGCUUUCUCACAGCUGGAUAUAAUUCUAGAAAAAUAAAAUACUAUGUAGCCACUUGGCCAUAAUCAUUUAGACCGUGGUGUAGGGCAAAGCUGUUAGAAAGAUUCUAGCGUUUUACUCUCCCUGGGCUUUCCUUCGCCUUGCUGCAACAGAGAGGAAAUGCCCAUGUCCACAGUUGGUACACACUGCCCCUCUCACUAGCUUGUUAUCCAGUGGCAUGCCAAAGGAGAACUGAAUUCGCCUCUGAAGUUUCUGCUGUAAAUCAGAAGUGUAUGUUAGUCAAGUGUACACAAGAUGCACCCAGUAUGAAGGGAGGGUUUUGCUGUCAGUAGCUCAAAGUAUGGUGUAGAAAUGGUCUCCUCCCUCCAUCCUGGGAAGUCCCAGUCCCAUCCUGGUGUGAGAAUCAACCAGGCUUUCCUGCUCCACCUGAGAUAACCAACUCCCUCCCGUAAUCAGGAAGCCAAAUGUCACCUUCCCAAAGAAACUUUAUUUUCACGUAGCUGAAGUGCAAAACAUAGAUGACCAUUUUUAAUAAGCACAAUCAAAUUUUUAACCACAGAAUGUCUACAAGAAUUAUAGCUUUAAAAAAUACACCCAAUUUUUAUAUUUCAAAAAUAUUUGAACUCAAAUAAAUUAAUUUCUUAAAAAGUA